AUGGUGAGGUUUCCAUUUGUACCCAAUGAAGAGCAUUCCUACAGCUGGACAGAUGGGCUGAAAAGAAAAGACUGGCACAACUACGAAAGUAUUCAGCAAGACCUGAUGCGAUCUGGAAAGGGUGAACAUGGGAAGCCUUACCCACUGAUGGAGGAGGAUCAGUCUGACUCAGCGUACAGGGAAAACGGUUUCAACAUUUAUGUGAGCAACAGCAUUGCCCUGGACCGCUCACUGCCUGACAUCCGACAUCCAAACUGCAAGCAUAAAAUGUACUUGGAGAAGUUGCCGAACACCAGUAUCAUCAUCCCAUUCCACAACGAGGGUUGGUCAUCUCUCCUGCGGACGGUGCACAGUGUUAUCAGCCGGUCUCCUGACCAACUGAUCGCAGAGAUCAUUCUCGUGGAUGACUUCAGCGACAGAGAACAUUUGAAAGAACGUUUAGAGGAAUACAUGGCUAGAUUUCCGAAAGUGAGGAUUAUGCGCACUAGGAAGAGGGAAGGCCUGAUCCGAACCAGGUUGCUGGGAGCUUCAGUGGCCAAAGGUGAAGUUUUGACCUUCCUGGACUCUCACUGUGAGGCCAAUGUGAACUGGUUGCCACCAUUACUUGACCAGAUUGCCCAGGACCAUAGGACCAUUGUGUGCCCAAUGAUCGAUGUCAUUGACCACAAUCAUUUCGGCUAUGAGAUGCAAGCUGGAGAUGCCAUGAGGGGAGCCUUCGACUGGGAGAUGUACUACAAACGUAUUCCAAUCCCACCUGAGCUCCAGAGGGCUGAUCCCAGUGACCCGUUUGAAUCUCCUGUCAUGGCGGGUGGCUUGUUUGCUGUUGAUCAGCGGUGGUUCUGGGAAUUGGGUGGCUAUGAUUCAGGACUGGAAAUCUGGGGAGGCGAACAGUAUGAGAUAUCAUUCAAGGUGUGGAUGUGUGGAGGUCACAUGUAUGAUGCUCCUUGCUCCAGGGUGGGACACAUUUACAGAAAGUACGUCCCUUACAAAGUUCCCUCUGGAACCAGUUUGGCAAGGAAUUUGAAGCGAGUGGCAGAGACCUGGAUGGAUGAAUAUGCAGAAUACAUCUACCAGCGGAGACCCGAGUACCGGCACCUCUCCACUGGAGACCUCACCGCCCAGAAAAUGUUACGGAAACACCUGAAAUGCAAGGACUUCAAGUGGUUCAUGACAGAAGUGGCCUGGGACUUGCCCAAAUACUACCCUCCUGUGGAACCCUCGCCCGCUGCCUGGGGAGAAAUCCGCAAUGUUGCUACGAACCGGUGUGUGGACAGUAAACACGGAGCUACAGGAGCAGAAUUGAGGCUGGACAUCUGUAUUAAGGAUGGCUCGGAACGAACAUGGUCACAUGAGCAGAUAUUUACAUUUGGUUGGCGAGAGGACAUUCGGCCUGGAGAACCACUACAUACCAGGAAGUUCUGCUUUGAUGCCAUUUCCCACAGCAGCUUUGUCACCCUGUAUGACUGCCAUGGUAUGAAAGGGAAUCAGUAUUGGCGCUAUCGAAAGGACAAGACCUUGUAUCACCCAGUGAGCAACAGCUGCAUGGACUGCAAUCUAGCCGAUAAGAAGAUUUUCAUGAGCAAAUGCAACCCCUCAGUGCACACCCAGCAGUGGAUUUUCCAACACGUCAACUUGACUGUUCUAGACAAAUUCAACAGUAAUUCCAGCUCUUAG